AUGGAUGGAGAUGAAGACUCGAAGGCCCGAACAGCGCCGCGUGGACUGGUUUCCUCUACGCAGAUCGCACUGUACCUUAUCCUGGUCCUGCUGGGCAUCGUGGGAAAUGGCACAGUGAUCGGUGUGGUUGGGGAAAGUGUGGUCCAUGAGGGUGCCGGUGGAAAGGGCUCCGAUGUCAUUCUGGUGAACAUGGCGCUAUCCAAUCUGAUGGUCUCCUUGAUGAGAAACAUGCUGCUGGUUCUGGCUGACGUGGGAGUGGAGCUAUACAUAACCAAACGAUGGUGCCGGUUAUUGAUGUGCGUGUGGGUGUGGCUUCGCUCUGUCAACGUUUGGUCAACAUUUUUCCUCAGCGCUUUCCACUUCCAGACCCUACGCCGCGUUGCCCCGACCGUUGGAUACUUGCCUGGUGCCCGGGGGCUCCCUGUGCCCCUGGUGCUGGGCCUAAGCCUGAUCUGGGGGCUCAAUCUGUUGUAUUCUGUCCCCGCUUUUAUCUACUCUACCAGCGGCGGAAGGAACAGCACAGAGACGUUGAUGUUGGUCAGCAGUACAACACGCCCCCUGCUGGGCUGCAUUUGGAAAUUCCCUUCGCCGUACAGCGGUCUGGCCUAUGCCACAACUUCCAUGGUGAUCCACGAGACCAUCCCCAUCAUCCUAAUGUCCAUCACAAGCCUAGGAUCUCUCUGUAUGCUCUAUGCUCACGGACGCACGCGAACCGCCGCCCACCUGACGCAGAACGCCCCCGUGAUUCGCAGAGUCCCAGCCGAGAGGCGAGCCGCCAAGGUGAUUCUGGCCCUCAUCAUGUUGUUCAUUGUGUCCUGGGGAACCAGCGUCAUCUCUUUGAACUACUUCAACUACAACCGUGGCACCUCCACUGAAUUUCUCCUGGUUGUGGCACGCUUCGCCAACACGGCCUUCAUAGCUCUGUCGCCCAUUGUGUUAGCCAUUGGACACCGACGCCUCCGGGCUGUAAUUAAGUCCAUAUUCACAAAGGGCUGA